GUUCCCCACCUUCAUGUACACACGAUGAGCGACCGGCCUCCGACAGUGAACGACCUCAGGGUCAAGCUCUGCUUCAUAUGCCGGGAGGAGGAAACAUACGACCAACCGGAGGAUCCCCCGCGCGCCUGGUGUCAUCCCUGCAAGUGCACGCUGGUUGCGCACGAGUCCUGCUUGCUGCAAUGGAUCCAGUCCGCGGACCGCAAGCAGAACGCGACUUCCUGCAGGCAAUGCGGCGAGCCGUACCGCAUCAUCAGCGACAAUCCCCCUCUCCUCAAGGUCCUGUCGGCGGGGAAUACAGCCUUCCAGCUGCUAGGAAGGAGCUUCACUAUUUUCUUCAUGGCCGGAGUCGGCGGCACGAUCAUGCACAGAGUGUACCAGCUGCUGACAAGAUACGGCCAAUUUGCGUUCCGAGAGAUGUUUGGCGACGAAAUGUACGACCUCAUCCUCACCGAUGACAAGUGCAAGUGGCCCGUGACCGCCUUUAUCCUGCUCCCCUCCCUCCCUCUCAGCCUCAUCUCCGCCCGUCUCUCUCCGGGGUACUCCCCCGCGCUCUUCACCCUCCUCUCCUACUGGCCCGUUGUCCCCUCCAUCGCCGCGCGGCAGUCCUUCAUCAGCGGCCUCAUCGACCAGGAGAUCAGCGACCCCACUACUCCCUUCCGCCGCGCGACGCUCCCGCUGUGGCCACCCUCCCCUGUACUGGUCGGCCUCGGCGGCAUCCCGCUCGUCCAGCGGCUGUACGGGCGCCUGUUCCGCCGCUUCAAGUACUGGGUACUGGACGUGCCCCCGCCUGCCCCCACCACGAACACCCGCGGCGGCGCGGACGACUUUGUGUGGCGCGUCAACGAGGGCUUCGGCGAGGUCAACUUCCGCAUUCGCGCGCUGCGGGAGCCUGCUGGGAACGAGGACGACGAAGUCAACCCUCCCGCCGACCAGCCGCCCGCCCUGGCCCCGCAAGACGCCAACGUCCUCGCCGCCGCCGAGGAGCGCAUCCGCAAGAACGCCUCGAGCCUCGGGCGCAGCGUUGGCGGGGCGCUGCUGGCGCCUACUAUUGCGCGCGUGAUGGGGCAGCUGCUGCUGAGGGUGGCCAGGCACUCGCGGGUGCUGCGCGCGUUCUUGGGGAUCAGGCCGCCAUUGGACCGGAAGUUGGCGUCGAUCAUGGACUAUGCACCAUAUACGGCGGGGUCGGCGAACUGGCGGGCGGUAGUGGCGUAUCUGGUGCGCGGGGCGUGGAGUUGGUCGGAAGCGGAUCCGGUGUGGUGGCGAAAUGCAAUCGGUUUCGGUAUUUUCGUUGUCGCCAAGGACUGCCUCGAGCUCCUGCACUUAUAUCUUACUAAGCGCGAACUCGAGGCGCGCACGGUGAUGGAUAGGGAUUUCUCUGGGAUCGACCCGAAGGAGUUGGACCUUAUUCACCCUGUGCAGGAUGGUCAAGCAUCGGCGUCUUAUACACGAGUGGGAUCCUCUGCGGCGACGAACGCGCAAGAAGGCGCUGCUGCUUGACCACAAUAAUUACAAUCUGCGCAUACGCUACUGUAUCAUGAAAUAUAAAGCCUUCACUCUUCACUCAA